UCUUGCCACCGCCUUGUCUUCGACCGUAAGGGAAGAUGUUAUCAUUUUAUUUGACCAAAAACAUAAAAAAUUUUCUUCCAGUAUAGUUUCUGUCUUCCCUGGAAAACAGAAUGGAGGCAUUAUCAGUACCAAGAGGUUAAACAUUAAAUUUCAAAAGAAAAUCUUGGCUGAAGUGUCCACAGUAGAGACGCAGACCCUGAAUGUCUCCAACAUGAAGCUCACUCAUGUUAUUCUGUUCCUUUUGUGCUUCUACUUAAGUUUUUGCAAGGGGAGCAAAGGUGGACAAGAAAAACAGAAGCAGUGGAAGAAACCAAAGGUCUCUUUGUCAUCAAACAUGGCUCACAAGAAUCUGGUGGACAAAAAGUGCUUAACUGAAAAAUAUACACAUCUCUCCUGCCAUAAAGUCUUCUGCCAACCAUGGCAGAAAUGCAUCGAUGGGACUUGCAUUUGUAAACUCCCUUAUCAGUGCCCAAAGAAUGGUACUGCAGUGUGUUCAACUAACGGGAAAAGCUACCUGACUUACUGUCAGCAAAAGAGUUUAGAAUGUCUUCGUCCAGAGGCAAAGUUUUUACAUAAUGGAACAUGUAUACCUGGAGGACAUUUUAAUGUUUCCUUGAAGUAUGGAAAUAGAGAAUCAGAGGGAAUUGUUGCAGUAAAACUUGUAGACCAAGAUAAGAAAAUGUUCAUAUGUAACAGCAGCUGGAGCAUGACACAGGCCAAUGUGGCCUGCCGUGACCUCGGAUUUCAACUAGGUGCUCAUGAUACUCAAGGAAGGUUUCAUUUACCUGAAGAUUUCUAUACAAAUUCUACUGAUUUCCAUAUAAAUUCCAGUGAAUGUCUGCAUGUGCAGUGUCGAGGCUCAGAGACCACUUUGGCUGAAUGUACUUUUACUAAGAGAAUAAGUGAAAGUUACCAGGGUUUAGCGAGCGUGGUGUGUUACACACAGAAUGAAGUUUCUCCAACAAAGAACUCCUUUCAGUGUGUGAAUGGAAAAUACAUUCCUCAGAGGAGAGCCUGCGAUGGUGUCAAUGAUUGUGGAGACCAGAGUGAUGAGCUGUGCUGUAAAGGGUGCCAACCCGAGAGUUUCCUUUGUAAAUCUGGCGUUUGUAUUCCAAACCAGUAUAAGUGCAAUGGUGAGGUGGACUGCAUUACAGGAGACGACGAAAUUGGUUGUGAAGGAGCUGGACAACAUAAAAUUAAAGGACUUUUACACACGGCUCAAGAAGAAACAGAAAUUUUGACUGCUAAUAUGGAUGCAGAAAGAAAACGGAUAAAGUCAUUUUUCCCUAAACUAUCCUGUGGAGUUAAAAACAGCGGUUCCGUUAGAAGGAAACGAGUCGUAGGAGGAAAGCCGGCAGAAGUGGGAGACUUCCCAUGGCAAGUGGCAAUUAGGGAGGACGGGAAAAUCACCUGUGGAGGAAUUUAUAUUGGUGGCUGUUGGAUCCUGACUGCUGCACAUUGUGUCAGAGUCAGUAGAGUUCACCGUUACCAAAUAUGGACAUCAUUACUAGACUGGGUAAAACUUAACUCUGAGAUAGUCGUUCAGUGGGUCAAUAAAAUUAUUAUCCACGAAAACUACAAUGGAGCCACCUACCAAAAUGACAUAGCUUUGAUUGAACUGAAAAAGCGCCCAAACCUCGGAGAAUGUGUGCUGCCUAAAUCCGUCCCUGCCUGUGUUCCCUGGUCUCCACAUUUAUUCCGACCUAACGAUAAAUGCAUCAUUUCUGGCUGGGGUCGAGAAAAAGAUAACCAAAAAGUCUAUUCACUUCAGUGGGGUGAAGUUUACCUGAAAAGCAACUGCUCCAGAUUUUACCCAGGUCGCUACUUUGAAAAAGAAAUGGAAUGUGCAGGUACAGAUGACGGUUCCAUCGAUGCCUGUAAGGGGGACUCUGGAGGCCCCUUAAUCUGUAAAAAUGAUAACAAUGUGACUUAUGUUUGGGGUGUAGUAAGUUGGGGUGAAAACUGUGGACAACCAGAGUUCCCAGGCGUUUACACCAAAGUGGCCAAUUAUUUUGACUGGAUUAGCCAUCAUGUGGGAAGGUCUCUUAUUUCUCAGUACAAUGUAUAAAAUUGUGAUCUCUCUCUUCUUUCUACUUUUUUCUCUCAAGAGUUCCAUUUUAUUUGAAAUGAUACUGCAUAAUUAGUAUUGCUGUAGGAAAAAAAUAAAGCAAAUUUUAUUGGA